AUGACUUUGUUCCCCACCAAGUUUGAAAAUGGGAAGAUUGAGUACAAGAUAAGGUACAAGGGGAGAUCAAGGCCAUUCUCUAGAGCCAAGGCCUUGGUGACUUCAGAACAGUCCAGGGACCCAACCAAGCUAAAGGAGCUUCUGUCUCAAGUCCUCACUAUCACCCUUGAUGGUGUCAAAGGAGCCAGCUCGACCGAUAGCUCGAUCGAGCUAGAAACCAGGGCAACUCGAUCGAGCUACACAACUCGACCGAGGUAA